UCUUUUAAUACUUUCUGAUAUUCUUUUUCUUUGUUGUACAUUCAUUUGGUAGAAAUCCAUAAACUGCUGCCCCUUCGGCUAUAGUGGAUGGAAGAUGGUUGACGCUUUUACAUUAGGGUUGAUUGGAAAAAAGAAAUUACUGAUGUCUCCAAACCAUUGUCUAAGAAAAACAGAGCAUUUCUGAGGGAUGCAAAAGAAAAUGCUCUUUAUGUUACUCUUAUAACAAAAUUGCUUAGAGAACCAUGAACAUAUUCUUAUAUAAUCCUACUAUAUCUACUAAUUUGUCUAACUUCAAGGAAAUAGAUAGAUCUAUUUUGUAAUAUUGCUCAACUCCUGAUUUUUUUUUCAAAAGUUGCUAAUAUCUCUCUUUCCAUUAAGGUAAUGCAGUAUGCACUGAAAAAACAGAGCAUUUCAGAGGGAUGCAAAACAAAAUGCUCUUUAUGUUACUCUUAUAACAAAUCUGCUUAGAGAGCCAUGAACAUAUUCCUAUAUAAUCUACUAUAUGUACUAAUUUAUCCAACUUCAAGGAAAUAGAUAGCUCUAUUUAUUUUGUAAUAUUGCUCAACUCCUGAUUUUUUUUUUUUUCAAAAGUUGCUAAUAUCUCUCUUUCCAUUGAGGUACUUACCUUGAGCUUCAGUUAUAGGAUAUGCAACUUUGAGGGUUUAGUUUUGAAAAAUCCUAAUACUUCACACAGUGAAGAGUGAACAUAUGUAGCAGCAAAGUUUUGGUGUCACACUCACAGUUUGCAGAUGACAUUUUGGUCUUCUUUGGUGGGGAGAGUUGAGAAGGUGUAGAAAAUUUAGAGCUAGUUGUGAGCCUCUUUGAAAGGAUUUCCAAUUUGAAAAUCAAUUGGUCUACAAGUCUAGUGGCUGGUAUCAAUUUAGAAGAGGGCACCUUGAGAGCUUUGGCUGAAAUGUUUUGGUGCUUUUCUGCUCUUCAGAACAGAGAAGCAAAUAAGCAUUUAUUUUGAAACAUAACCAAACUUUGGAUCUCCGAUCAUUUGCAUCAUACCCUUACCUCUUAGGGGAAGGCCAUAUGUUGGUCAAAAGAAGCUUAAGAAAUGGAAAUUUCCAUGUAAGUGGUAAGCAGUAGUAGUUUCUCUAGAAGUACUAUGAUUGUAGUUUUUUUGAAGUAAGCUACACAACCUAUGUUUUUGCUGUAUUUUUUCCCAUUUCUCCGCACGUGGUAUCUUAUAUAAUAUAUGAGCAUUGACACCUUGAAUGCUUACACAUAGUUUUUUUCACCAUACAUGCAAUUAAGUGUAGCUGUUGAAGUAUCAAAAUCAAUUUUCUUGUACCAUUCAAUAAGAGGCUUAAAAUAAGCUUCACCAUUAAUGUUGUGACAAAGGAUCUCUCUGUACAUGUGGUUAGCUCAUAGCUGGUAACUAUUUACAAAAAUAUUUGAGGGUGUUCCAUAUCCAGGCUAAGAAAGCGCAAUAAGCCCAAGCUUGUGGAGCUUUAUUUCUCAAGUUGGAUGAUCAAGGCUGAAUCCUGUGAUAUUCAUCCUGAAAAGGACAAAGUUGUUCUUGAAAAGAACAAGAAAAGGAGGCUGAAGACACCAUCCCAAGUUGAGGCCUUAGAGAAAUUUUAUAAUGAACACAAGUACCCCAUAGAGUCAAUGAAGUUACAGCUUGCAGAGGAGAUAGGAUUGUUGGAAAAGCAGGUAUCUGGGUGGUUUUGCCAUAGAAGGUUGAAGGAGAAAAAGCUAUCCAAAGAUGAAGCAUAUGCAUGUGCAAGGCAAGAUCUUAUGGCCUAAGGAGGUGGAAAGCAUAUCCAAAGAUGAAGCAUAGUAGCACCAAGCUAGCAAAGGGAAUACAAGCAUUUUGGUCCUAAGGGGGUGGAAAGUCGAAGGCCUUACGGCCAAGAAUAUCCAAGUGAAGAUAUGAUUUUCAUGAGGGGUCAAUAUAUUCAUACUGGGAAUUAUAAUGCCAUGUGAAUUCAUCUUCAGGAAGUAGCUCAGCUUCACAGGACAGGUUGUUUGCUCAGAGUGAGGAUCCCUAUGAUACGGAACCUUUGAGGUACUCAGCUCAGAAUAGCAGCUAUUUGUUGAUGAAGAGAAUAGCAGUCACAACAGUAGAACAGGCGGGCUGAGUCUUGAUUCGAAAAGCACCCAAAAUGGCAUUGCGAAGGGAGCAUUUCUUGUACAAACUAAGAAUCUAUCAAUUUGAAACUAAAAUGUAUUUGUGACUCAAAUGUUUUGAAUGGAGAAUGGAUUUUUAAAUUUUAUUUGUAA